AUGGAAACUACAAGAAAUUCAUUAUUAGAUAAUUCUUCACCAUUCUUGUCGUCGCCAGAUGACGGAGACAAGAAAAUGAAAAAAGUUUACACCUCUGCUGCUAGAUAUGGUGGUAGUUGUGGAGUGGGACUAGUCCGCAUAGAUAAGAUAGAUCGAUUAAAAGCGAGUUAA